GAGAGGACGUGUCGCUUGCUCUUUCCCCCUCUUCUCUCUCAGUCACGCUUCUCGUUUACACGGAAUACAGUUGACAGAUAAAGUUAUAAAGUCUGCAUGACCAGGAAAAAGGGAAAAGGAAACCACACAACGUUUCAUAAGUUCAAGACAUUUAACCGACGAAACAAAAAGUCUGCAAGCUACAAAAUAAUAGAAAAUCGUAUUAAAGAAAUUCCGAACUACAAAAACUUUUCAAACAUUCCCCAGAGCGACCAAACAAGCCAAUAUUGGACCCUUACAGAAUACCGCUGGCAGUGAUACUUUCCUCGUUAUUUUAGAAACAAAACUUGGAAGCAAACUUACAAACAAACUUACGAGGACACGCACGCAGUUCACGGUCACAGGAUUUCGUGACGGUCUUCCAAUACAACUGCACCAGAAAACAUCGUGCCCACCGCCCCUUCGAUAUAGCGUGUGGGUGUUCGUUGGUUGGUUGGCCCCUCAGUCCCUACAUCAUCUCCCUCGCCACUACUAACACCUCAAGACAACACCUAUACCUCGCCUGUCGAAAGAUUAGAAGGCAUGGCGGCGGUGUGGUGGCUAGCCUGGGCCUAUUUCGUCCCCAUCGUCCGAGCCUUCUGUCCCAGCGGCUGUUCCUGCGACGACACCCUUCCUAGCGCUCAAUGCGUGGGAGUGGGCCUCAACUUGGUUCCCAUUCUCUUCAACCCUUCUCUGCGUCGCCUUGACCUCGCUCAUAAUGCCAUCAGGUCCUUGGAGGAGGGCCUGGUGUUCCUCUCUCAGCUGCAGGAGCUUGACCUCUCCCACAACAUGCUGGCGAACAUGGGCACCGGCAACUUUGAGGAGCAGAAGAGCCUGGAAAAGCUGAGUGUGGCGCACAACAACGUGUCUGUGUUGCUCCCGGGUACCUUCAGUGGGCUGGCAGCGCUCACUGUUCUCGACCUCAGCCACAACAGCUUGGACGACGUGCCUGGCGGGGUGCUGGACGAGCUCCUGCACCUCACUGUCCUCCGUCUCUCCCACAAUCGUCUUUUCUUCUUGACACAACAUGCCUUCAGGGGCCCAAGAGCUCUUCGGGUUUUGGACCUCUGCGAUAACUUCUUCAGACACGUUCCCACAGAACCCUUGCAAGUUGCACCGACGUUACAAACUCUUCACCUGUGCCGCAAUAGACUAAUGCACCUCGGCCCUUUUGCUUUUCCCAGUCAAGCCCUUACGGUCCUCUCUCUUAAUGUCAACAACAUUGACCGCAUUGACCAAGCCGCCUUCCUCUCGUCGCAGAGUCUACAAAGUCUCAGCCUCAGCGGGAACUCACUCGAUGAAGUUCCGACACACUCAUUAGCCUUCCUCCCGGCGCUAGAGUUCCUCUCACUCACCAGGAACAUGAUACGAGAGGUAAAAGCAGGGGCGUUCCGAGCACAGGGUUGCCUAACGACUCUCGAGGUGUCCCGCAACCCUCACCUUGAGGUCAUGUCCUCAGAGGCGCUGAGUGGGUGUGCACGGCUCCGAGUCCUCACCCUCUCCCAUAACCCUCUGCUGAAGCACCUCCCGACCGGCCUCUUUACGUCACUUGAGAACCUGCACACCCUUGACCUCCGCGCAAACUGCCUUGAGAGCCUAGCCGAAGCGGAGGUGCCUUGGUCGUCCCUACAGAGGCUGGACCUGCGGGACAACCCUUUGGUGUGUAACUGUUCCCUCGGGUGGCUGGCGCGGCUCGUCAGGUCCGCCAACGCCUCCAUCACCUCCCCGGACCUGCAGUGCGCCGCGCCUGACGAGUUGAAGGGACUCUACCUCUCCAGACUGGCCCCGCGCGAGCAGCUGUGUGGCGAGGGCGUGGUGGCCGUGGUGGCGAUGGUGGCGGCGGCGGCUGCCUCCUGCGUGCUGUUCUUCACCCUCACGCUGCUGCUCUACAGACACUGGGGGCGAAGGCAACGAAGGAAGUUGGGCAGCGGGAGGUGGCAGGCUGACCCCGCACCCCCCUGGACACCCCUGGCCCGCCCUCACCCCCAACCCCAACAGCCCCCAUCUGUUGCCGGCCCACCCCCCGCCCCUGUGCACCCCUCCCCCCCAGCAGCCGCCAGCAGAAGCAGUCACCACAACCACCACAACAACCACACCACCAAGCCUUGCAGCGGGGUUGAUGUAUGACUUGUUAUUUAGGAAAGUCUGCCUCUCUCUCUCUCUCUCUCUCUCUCUCUCUCUCUCUCUCUCUCUCUCUCUCGGGUUGAGACGGAGACUUCCGGUCCAUUCAGUGACACUUCCAGAUCCACAAAUUGGUUCAUUCACGACAGACAGACACGCAGACAGAUGGACAGACACUGGCAAAUGGAUAUAUAUACAGACAGACAGACAGACACACAGACAGACAGAAUAGACAGGUAGACAGACACACAGACAGAUAAGGAUAACACACACACACACACACACACACACACACACACACACACACACACACACACAAACGAACGCACGCUCACACCACCUGAAAAACGUCAAAAGAUUCAAUAUUCUUCUUGUUUUCUCUUAGAUUUUAUAAGAAUAUUUUUGUACGGA